AUGCGUGACGUAGAGGAAUACGCGAAAGAGAAAGACCUCAUACACACUUUAGACGACGUAAAGAAAGGAGCUCUAAUUGCACAGAAUCCUACCGGUUUUGAAAUGCUCGAAAAACUGAGCGAAGAUGAGAAAGAAACUCUCCGGGGAGAGACAAUGCAUCGGUGGCAUCAACCUUGGAUGAUUCGCGUUUGUGCUGUUUUGGCAGUUGUACAGGGCAUGCAUCAGACCUGCGUCAAUGGGGCUCAAUUGUACUACUUUGAAGACUUUGGACUCGAAGACGAACGGCUGCAAGGUCUCGUCAACGGCGCCCCUUACCUUUGUUGUGUCGCGAUCGGGUGCUGGACCUCCGCCCCGUUAAACAAGCACUUCGGCCGUCGUGACACAAUCUUUACAGCUGUAUCUGUCCGUCUUAUCCCUAAUGGGGUAGGCCCUCACCGGUUCCUGGUGGCAUCUGUUCAUCGCACGCUUCUUCAUGGGAUUUGCCAUUGGAGCAAAGUCUUCGACUACACCCGUUUACGGGGCAGAAUGACCAAUACCGCGUCAUUUUCAGAGCCCUUUUCCCGGUUAGGAGUCGUCGAGUCACCUGCCAAGGCUCUAGUACCCAUCGGGCUUGCAAGACGCAUCCUGAACGUGCCGCGUUCCCGUCCCCUGUCCCCUGCUGCCCUGCUGCCCUGCUGCCCUAUUGCCCUGCUCCCCUUGUCGCAUCUCGCUUUUCUCAUCUCCAACCCCGCGUCUUCCCCAACUGAAUCUCAACUCCAUCUCCAACUUCCUCCGCAGAGCUCUCCCCACACCAUUCUUAGAUACCUGAUCCGGCAUUCUGUGGGCGUGACCAUCAACUCCAGCGGGAACUGCAUUCCGCACAUCGCGAUCACCGUCAACCAUGGCGGACACAGCCAAGAGGCGCAAGACCUCCGCCUCCACCAAAACCAAGACACUCCCUUGCCCGUCAGCAGCCUUCUACAUUGCCAACGCCUCUUCGCUCGACUAGAACACCUGCAGCGUCACAUUCGUACGCACACAAAAGAAAAGCCAUUUGUAUGCGACAUCUGCUCCAAAACCUUUGCGCGGAGUGACCUCCUUGUGCGCCACGAGAGACUCGUACACCCUGGCGAUGAGACUGAAAGACGCUCGCACACGCAGCAUCAAACUGCCCCUCCUCCACCACCUCCGCCUCCGAUCCAUCAACAAUCCUCGCUGCCGGACUCCAUGGACAUUGGCCCACAGUCUUCAAACUCGAUGAUAUCCCCCCCAUCCACGCACGACAGUCGCCUGGUGGACAUGGUCGACCCGGAACUGACACGAUCACCACAGACGUCUCGAGGCCAGAUGGACACCAUGGUUUCGCAUACACAAGGAAUGUUCGAUACCCCUCAGCUCGACCCGUCCUGGGGCUAUGACCUUAAUCUUCUGUCUCACGCGGCAAGUCACGUCGCUCUAACCGGACAGACACAUCCUGAGGACACCUCCCACCAGCCUGAUCCUCCGCAUGACCCCGCAUUACAGCUCAUGCAAGCAGCUCAGGCAGCCCCGCAGUAUGACCCAAAAUUACUUGGAGAUACAUAUUCUCAAGCACCUCCAGUAUUUGAUGCCCCCGAUCUCGAAGACCCCAUGCAAGAUUUCAAUGUGUUUCUUGAUUCCGUUGGCCUCUCCUCGGACUGGCAUCAAGGAAUAUUCAACAGCAUCGAACCAAACGACUCGAUGGUCUCCCCUACAAUGCGGUUCAAUGAACAGCUUCAAGCGCCAAGACCAAAUAUGAACGGUGAUGCCAUGAGUGAUCAGAGAUCAACUGGUCAGCCAGAAGACUCGACCUCAUUUUCUCGCUUUGGCUCACGCCUUCCUUCCUUACAUCUAGAGUCCUCUCAAGACCACGAAUCACAUCUGAUGGACGACUAUUCGAACUCUAAAGUGCGACCCGUUUGGGAAGUACCUGAUGCAGACCGGGAGAUCUUCGUCAGCAAGCUCGAUGCGUUUGUAGACGUCUUACCCAAGGGAUUUAUUGCACCUUCAAAACAUUCUCUGGCGAGAUAUCUUGCCGGUUAUAUCAACGGCUUCCAUGAGCACCUACCAUUCAUGCACAUUCCCACAUUAUCAGUGGCCUCGUCUGCGCCGGAGCUGGUCUUGGCGCUUGCUGCUGUUGGUGCACAGUAUCGCUUUGAGAACAGGCGAGGCAUUGAGAUAUUUUAUGCCGCAAGGGCAGUGGUAAUGGAACAGAUACGGCGAAGAGAAGGCUGCUGGAUGCCUCAAGAUCCAUGGCCUCGAUCAGCCCCGCUAACGCAAUCUCCUGGUGGCGACUACCAGGGUCUGAGUCAAAGCGGCGGUCCAGCACAGUACAUGCCCGUAGGUGGGCCGCCCGCUCCUGACAGUAGCGCACGGCUAGAGCUGUUACGAGAAGCGCUUGCGUUUCAGAGCAUUUUGGCAAGACUUGUGCGGGAUGACGGUCUUACAAGUCCAGACACCUCGUCUUCUGACAGUCUGUCAUGGGAAGACUGGAUUCGUCUGGAGUGCGCGAAGCGGACGAAGUUUAUCGUCUACUGCUUCUUCAACCUCCAUUCCAUUGCUUGGAAUCUCCCACCGCUGAUUCUGAAUGCUGAGUUGAAGCUUCAUCUUCCCGGGCCCGCUGAUGAGUGGAAAGCAACAAACGCCAAUCAAUGGCGGCGACUACGUUCACAAAACCAAGCACCCCCAAUUGCAUUUCCUGAAGCUUUCUCCAAGCUCUUUUUGAAAGCACCCUCAACUACCGGAGCACAGAUCUCGCCAUUAGGCAAUUAUGUUUUAAUUCAUGCCCUCAUCCAGCAGAUUUUCUUUGCUCGACAACUAUCACUGUCCUGGCCGAACACGAUGGGCGCGAGCCUGAGGAAUGAGGACCUUGCCGUCCUAGAACAAGCACUCAGCACUUGGAAAGCUGGCUGGAAGCGAACACCGGAAUCAAGUCUCGAUCCGCAGAACCCCAACGGCCCCAUCGCCUUCACCUCCACGGCGCUCCUUGGCCUCGCUUACAUCCGUCUCCACGUCGACAUGGGUCCACUCCGCCACCUCGAAUCAAGAGAUUCAUUACAAAUAGCCAUAGCCCUUCGCGACUCACCCCGCCUGCAACGUAACCCACGUCUCAUAAUGGCCCUCCUACACUCCGCCCACGCCCUGUCCAUCCCCGUUCGCCUUGGCAUCGACUUCGUCUCGAGAACGCAAACCUUCUUCUGGAGUAUUCAACAUUCCCUCUGCAGCCUCGAAUGUGCCUUCCUCCUCAGCAAAUGGCUAGCCGUCGUACCCAGCAACAACCAAGCCCCCACAUCCUCUAACGAACCCAAACUCUCCGAGCAUGAGAAAAAGCUCCUCCUCUGGGUGAGAAGUAUGCUCGAUGAGACCGAGAUGGCUAUACCGGGCCACCAUCACCCCGGCAGUAGCAAUGCAGGACCCAAUAACGACCGGCUCCAGGAAUCCACGCAGGAGUUCCUCGAGGAUCAAAUGAAGAUCAAGCAGUUGAGCGUUGCGGUGGUGAGGGUCUGGGCAAAGACGUUCAAGGGCAAUACCAGCUGGGCCAUUGUGGAUCUAAUCGGGAGUGCGUUGGAGAUUUAUGCCGAUAUGCUGGAGAGGGAUGGCGUGUGA